CUCCCAGAAUCCUUCGCUCACACGUAAACAUUAACCCAGAUGAUAGUACAGCUGGAGCUUCCGAAGCGCUUCCCGUGAAAUGACACAAAAAAGCCGCAGAGACACCGUUUCGGUUCCGCGGAGCUCACGGAUGUGAAACCCGUGUCAUGAGUGACACGGUCCGAAGAGACGGAUGAUUUUCAGUCGCCAUGAGUUGUUUAUCCAGCUAACGCGGGCCUGAAGGGGGAGAUGUGGCCUUUAGCCGUCAGGCUACAGUAGAAGCCCGUCAGCUGUUCGCGGUUCAGCGACAGAAAGCGAUGUAGCUGCAGCCGAAGCCGCGGAAAGCGACAGACUUUAGCGACAGGAUGAAUCUGAGGAAGUCCCGGAGUGUCGGAGCGUCUUCCCCGCUCAACGGACUCGGAAAACAAGAUGGCGAGUCCCGACGGAAGAGGAAGACGGCGGAGAUCUCGCAGGCGCUGAGCUCGACGCCCGUGGACGUGGCCGCUCUGAGGCGCAUGGCCAUCAGCGAAGGAGGCCUGCUGAGCGACGAGAUCCGCCGCCAGGUCUGGCCCAGGCUGCUCAACGUGUCUGUGGAGAACAUCCCCGAGCGACCCGAGCCUGUCGAUCGAGACAACAACAAGGACUUCAACCAAGUGCUUCUAGACGUUCAGAGAUCCCUCAGACGCUUUCCUCCAGGGAUGCCUGACGAGCAGCGGGAAGGCCUUCAGGAGGAGCUGAUCGAUAUCAUCCUGCGGGUGCUGGUCAAGAACCCCCAGCUGCACUACUACCAGGGCUACCACGACAUCGUGGUGACCUUCCUGCUGGUGCUGGGGGAACGCCUCGCCACUGCCCUGGUGGAGAAACUCUCCACUCACCAUCUCAGGGACUUUAUGGACCCCACUAUGGACAACACCAAACACAUCCUGAACUACCUGAUGCCCAUAAUCGAGCGGGUCAACCCUGACGUCUACGACUUCAUGCAGCAAGCCGAGGUGGGCACUAUUUUCGCCCUCAGUUGGCUCAUCACCUGGUUCGGACACGUGCUGUCAGAUUUCCGUCACGUGGUGCGGUUGUACGACUUCUUCCUGGCCUGCCAUCCCCUCAUGCCCAUCUACUUUGCCGCUGUGAUCGUGCUGCAUCGAGAGGAAGAGGUGUUGGACUGCGAGUGUGACAUGGCCAUGAUGCACCAUCUCCUGUCCCGGAUCCCCGAGGACCUGCCGUACGAGACCCUGAUCAGCCGCGCCGGAGACCUGUUCGUCCAGUUCCCCCCGUCCGAGCUGGCCCGCGAGCGCAACCAACUGACGGCCGUCUCCACUUUCAAAGACUUCGAGCUGGCGUCGACGCAGCAGCGUCCGGACACGGUGCUCCGGCAGAGACGGAAGGAGCUGCAGCAGCAGCAGCAGCGCUCCCUGGAGGCUCAGCGGGGAACCGUGGCGGUCGUCCAGCCCACGGCGCGCCGCUUCAUGCGCCUGGCGGUCAUGGGCCUGACCGUGGCGCUGGGGGCCGCCGCUUUAGCCGUGGUCAACUCGGCCCUGGAAUGGGCUCCCAAACUAGACUUGCUCUUCCCGUGAAGGAGCCGAACCACAGCGUCUCGUUUCGAAGACUGAAAAUUGUUAUUUUGCCUUUUUGGUUUUUUUUUUUUUUAAGUAUUUAUACUUGUCGGACUAAUUAAUACAAUAUCGUGCGGUUAGUUGCUGUAAUUAAACAAGUUUUUCUUUUCCUUCAUCGAAUGAGGCGUGAGCGUAGGACGCCGCUUCCUUCAGUAGACGAUGAAAAUGUUUCAUGGGUGUACAGUGAAGGUGCGCGCAUGUGUCUCUCAUGAAACACGAUCUGAGCAAACGUUCGCGUGAGUCGUUUAAAGCAUCACCCAAUGAUGAUAGAUCACUUGCUCAACAAUGGAUGCAUUGAAGUGAAUGGGUGCCGUCAGAAAAAUGAGUCCAGAUCCGCACCACUGCAGUCACUUAAUGUCUUGUGAAUCGAAAAGCUGUGCGUUCGUGAGAAAUAAACUCAUUAAGGUGUUAUUAGAUGUUAGCCGUUACUUCCAGGUGAAAUUCUAACUUGAAACGGUUGCGUUUUCUGUAUCACGAGAGAAGUAUGGACUCUCGGGUCUUUAUGGAGUCGUGUUUUGAUCACAAGCUAUGUUUAAAGUUUAAAAAAUGUUGUGGGUUAUUGUGAUGAUUUUUAUCAGCUGUUUGGACCCAUUCUGACGGCACCCAUUCACUUCAGUGGAUCCAUUGGUGAGCGUGCGAUGCAAUGCUAAUUUUCUCCGAAUCCGUUUUGAUGAAGAAACAAACUCGUCUACAUCUUAGGCAGUAAAGUGAGUAAAAUUUCAGCAGAUUAUCAUUUUGGUGGGAACUAUUUCUUUCUGGAUUCAAGUGCAUUAAUUGUUUAACCGUUUUGGCGUCGCACCGAAUAGACAUCAACCGUUUAGUACGUAGGCGGCUCAUAAUACAAUUUUUAUUUAAACCGUCUCACUAAAUUGAGUGCGACGAAUUGAAAUUGAAAUUCGCCAACCAUUCGCAUAAGAGUGUUUUUGAUUUGAUGAAAACGUAAAAUUGUGACAUUUGCUUAUAAUCGCAUGUAUGAAAAAAUGGCGUAAAGCUCUUUCCGACAACGAAAACGUUUUUUUUUUUUUUUUAGACGUUCGUUUAGAAAUUUGCUCAACUCGUGGUUCACGUUCGACGCGGCGUGUGCUUUUCUAAAACGACGAAACCUUAAUAUAUCGAGACCAAAAUAUUUUUUUGAGCCCUUGUUCGUAGAAUUAGAAUUAAUAAUCGGAUCUGGUUCGGGACCCCCUUAUGGGCAGGAACCUUGUCUGUUAAGUGUACGUAAAGUUAGGAAAGAAAACCAUUUACGAAGGCCGUUAACGAACCCGUCUUUUUAUGUUCAUAAUUUGUAUGGUAACAUUUUUUCACUACAUUUCAGUUUUUAUUUUCUCUCCGAAUCACCUUAAGUACAGUGUUUUUCGUGAUAAGUGCUAAUCUUAGUACACAACGUGCAGUUUUCGCGAAUUUCAGCUGGAACCGAAAGCACCAGCUGAUGGACACGCUUGAUUCUGGAAGUGCGUGAACGGAUCAGUUAGUUUCUCUAAUUGAUCUCCGGAUCGGCGUCGAAUCAUUUUUUUGUGCUGAUGGUUUCCAUUGAACCUCAUCUUCUAAGCUCGGAGGAGGAUCCUAACACUACUUGGUUGAAGACAUCCUCGAGAUCGGGAUUUGUUGAAAUAACACGCUACCGCUCAUGCUUUUAUUUUGUCUUAAUUUUGCACUAAAGAACACCGCUUCUUGCUUAUUUUUUGCACUUUGAGAGAUCGCCGCGAGCCGUCUCUGGUUCGCUCGAGUUAACGUGUCACAGUUGACCGUGUCGCUAAAUAUGUUUAAAUAAAAAGAAAAGCUCAA